AUGGCACGAGCUACCGUAAUUAGGACCAGCAAGGUGGCGCCGUGCGCAGAGGCGUUCCGGCCCAGCGUGGGACCCGUAGCGUCGAGUGUGGAGUGCGUGGUGGAGGUUCUCAUCAAGGUUCAUCUUAAGGGAGUGUCGGCUGACAUCGCCAAGUAUAUUCAAGUUGAGCCUAUAGUCUCUACGCAAGUAUUUUUCAAGCAGAGGAAGGCAGAGGAAUUCGAGAAGUCAGUGCUUCCUGCCACUACGACUUCGUUUUUUGGAACGGAGCUUCUUACCAACGAUCUCCUGUCUCCUGAAGACGAAAUUGAAUACAAGACCCUUGCGACGAAACGUGUCACUUUCUGUGACUACAUCACUGCCGAAGACGAGUGUCGUGCCAAGCUAGCUGGUGAUCUGUCAUCGAUAAAAGUAAAAAAUACAUCUCCUGGAAUUUUAAAGAAAAACGGUCUUGUGAGCUACUUGAAGUCAGACGGAAGCCAAACCGAAUCCUUUACCGUGGAAAAUGAUUCCGAAUGCGAGGUCACUCCUAGAGAAUUUAAAACAAAUGCUGUUUUGAGUGACGACGUUAUUCUUGCUGAAGAAAACAGCGUGAACUGUAUUAGUUCGUUGCCUCAACCGUAUAGUGGAAGUGAAAGCAUUUUAAUUCCUUUAAAGGAUAAUACAGCAAACAAAGUCGAGGCAGAACAACCAUUGGAACAGAAGCUGUCAGCUCACCCAACUGACCAAACUACUCAACAAAGUCCGACUGAGUGGAAGCUUCCGGAAAUUCUCCAACACGAAGUUGAAGUUUACCGGUUGAAAAACGCUACAACAGCCCAAAAUCGUCGAGUAAAUUACAAGAUGGCCACUGAAACGGAUCAAAUUGCGUUCAACUCGUCAUUAAAAGACUACUUAACAAAGGUCGGGCUUGAGGACCUGUGGGGUUACCUGAAGGUGCUUGGAUGCUUCGUGGUGGGCGACUUGCAGUAUCUCGAGCCUUCCGAGCUACUUGCCUUGCCGGUACUGGCCAGACGUCGACUGGCCACGCAUUUGGCUGCCAUCAAACUUAAACUGCCGCAAUGUAAGAAAGACGCGUCACUGAAGGAGGUGCUGCAGGAGCAAGGUUUGGACCACGCCCUUGGGUACGUAGUGGCUCUUGGUGCUGAUACCCUGGCAGACCUGCGCCUACUGACGGAGGAUGACCUCGCUCCUCUGCCGCCUCUCACCAAGAGGCGACUAGCCGUCAUCUCCGACAGGUGCACGGGCAAAGAUAAAGAUAACGGCGCUGCCCCUGACUACCUCAUGUAAAGCGAAGUGUGUCCAGCUGCUACACCAGAAACACGAAAGCUGUAGCUUCACGUCCACUGGAAAUCUGACUUCGAUUUCUGAUGGAAGAUGAGUUAAUGGAUUUUCAUUAUUCUGAUAUUAUUGCUAAAUGGAUACGGAUUGCCUACGGGCACUUUACUGACGAUGAAAAAUAUUUUUCCACUAGUGAAUGCUAUGGUUGCACUGAAUUGGUUUUUCAAUGCAAUUUCCAAUCAUUACAAUUCAAGCUUCAAACAAGCGGUAGAAGCUGCAACAUUAAAAAAAUUGUUGUGUAGCUCCAUGCAUGGUCUAAUACAUGAUCGAAUCAAAUACUUAAUCGAGGAAAUGUUGCACUCAGCAUCGUUCUCUUCAACGGGACUGAUUGAAUUUUUGCCAAACAAAUGCAAAUGUAAAUUUUGCAUUGAUUUAUAACAUUUUUUUGAAAUUUCUAUUCUAUCUUUAGUCAAUAAAUUUCUAGAUUUUUGUUCGAAUUUGAGUCUUUUAACGCAGAGCAUCUACGAAUUGAAUGAAUGCUUGCAACUUUCUUCUGCAGGGAAAGAUGUGCGCAUUCAUGCAAUAGACUUUGCCUCAGCUCAAGUGCAUUUCACUACUAAUGUAUGAGCUUUCCAGCUUCUUAUGAAGCGGUAUCUCGAAAUGUUUUACAUAUGCAUUCCUUGUGAAUUCAUUCCCGACCGAACCCUAGCAAUGGGCAAAUAUUGGCCUAGAAAAUUUUGCAGUACAAUGGCGAAAUAUCUACCCAAACAAUUUCCCAAAUGGAAAAAAUGUGUACUCUACUUGAUGCUUCAAUGACUAAAAAAAAUCUAAUCGAAGUAUAUUAGGUACUGCAUAGCAGUGACAUCUCGAUUAAAAAAAUAAUACCAAAAUGUCUCCCUGCAAAGCCAAAGAGAUGACUCGUCCUGAUGAAAUGCAUUGCAAAAGGCUAACCCGAACUUAUUCCCUCGCUCAAAGUUCAGAGGAU